AUCGACUCCAUCAUUUCUAUCACUGCCAAACACAUCUCUACGCACAUUGUUGCCCACUUCGUAGUUUUCGCUAUCCCGCCCGCCACACCCACUUCCCGGACAGACAUGAAAAUCUUCCCCACAAGACUGCAUUGUUACGACAGUCUAGGCAGUCCGAGUCACUGACUUACCGACUCAACCUUUUCCACAUUUAGACGCACAAUGCCCGUCCUGUAAAGGUUACAAGUAUUCACACUGUACAAUAAGGACCCAUUGGUUUCCUUCAACUAUUUUAUUCAGACUGCUUUUUCUCUCCGCACAACGACCUGGACAGGGCACGGAAGGCAACCAUUGGAUUUCUCAGCUGACGCCACGCCUCACUUUCCUUGACAAGCGCAUCCUUCCCCAAACAUGAACUUUUCCAGCGACAUUUUCAGAGUUCCCCCACCAGUUGCUACACUCUCUGGCGACACGAUGGAUCAUACAAAAAUGGUCAUGGCUUGUCGAUUCGGCUGGUCCGCUGGCCCCGAUACCCACUCCGGGUCCUCAACCCUUAGCACUCAAUCAGCUUCGUCACAGCCUACUUUUACCAACACUUCGGCCGUCUUCACAACACACCGCUUUGCACCUUGCCGAGGUCGUCUCUAUCACCAACUCACUUGUUCCCACCGCAUCCGAACAGAUAUUGUAGAGGAGUGUGGUUCCAACUGCCUAGAUCCCCCAGGCCCUGUCUCCAACCUCCCCUUCUUCUGCCACGAGUGUUUAGAACGGGAGUCGCGCCGAAUAUGGAGCCAGCGUGAAGCGCAGUACAACGAGCUAUAUCCCGAGCUGAGCCAGAUGACGAAGGAGCAGUAUGAGCAUUGGUACACCGGGUACCGCCAGUUGGAGGCCCAACAUGCCAAGGACCGCAGGGAUUAUGAGCUGGAGAUCGAGUCUAAGACUAGGCCGAGUAAUUUUUCUUCAGUCGUUGAGACGAGUAAGGAGGAUAUUGAUUUUGCUGCCGAACUGGACUCGCUUUCCCUUUCUAUAGUUUCCACAAAUGAUAGCAGCACCAAUCAGCCUCAGCUUCAUCCAAGGAGGGUCAGUCUUCCUUGCGAUGCAUCAGAGCAGCUUCACUGGAACCUGAAUUCACUUACCCUGGGCCGUGGCUCAUGUGGCGUCGAAUAUUCAGCUACUCAACCAACGAACGGCGCUCACACCACGACCAGGGUAGUAGAUGAGGAAGAGCUAUGGAGAAAGCCGAGGGACCACAGCUAAGUGGCAGCUCUAUUGAACUGUUGGCGCAAUUGGGUGUGGAAGAUCGGCCUUGUCACAAUAACCUUAGCAGAUUAGAGGAGUACGUGCUCUUCUGACGAUGCUGACUUACAUCUGCAAUUUAUGACAGCAUUGAAAGGCGUUGGAUUUAAUGUGGCGUAGAGACCUGCUCUCAUUAGCAAUAGUCAGAAAGCAGGUAGAAUGUGUAGGUUGAAAUCCGAUCUCCCCGGUCAUUUAUAGCUAUCUCAACCCCACAAGUUCUUUAAACAGAGCUAGCACUGGCAUUACUAUCUUGCCGCUAGGUCCAUACCCGCAUUUGAAUCAAGUAUUGUAUCUUCUCAUUUCCGCAUGGAUCACACAUAUCUCCCGUGUCUCUCGAUAUUUAGUUUUCUG